AUGAAUCAUCAAAUUGUGCAAUACUGGAGUACUGAAGAGAUACCUGCAAGAGAUAUUAAUAAAGGUAGAAGAACUGGAACAAUUAUAGAUGGAAAUGUUAAACAAAAUGAAGAUGGCUUCGAAGAUCAUAUUGAUUUUUGGGCUCAUCAGUCAUCAGGAAAAGUUAAUAAUGUUCCUCCGUCACCUAGAUAUCCAGAUUCACCUAUUACUCCAAGUAUUCAUCAAUUCGCUUCACCAAUGGUCUUAGAAGACGACAAUCAACUGGAAAUCGGAAAUUCAUUCAAUAACGAUAUAAGCAAAUCUUCAGCAAACUCAUCGCCAUUCAAACCUACUUCCCCAUUUAAGCCAAUUCAAAAAGUUUAUAAUAAUGAAAGAAUUGGAAGACUUCCAAAGAACAUUUCGACAAAAACUAAGAACAAUGAACAAGUAAAUCCCAUUUCGAAAUCUCCAGUUACAGAAAAGACAGCAAAUCAAUUACCUAAUACAAAUACUCCUGUGAAAACAAGUGUUGCACCAUUCAAUGUCCAAACACCUACAAUAUCUCUUCAAAAGAACCAAGAAAUCGAGAAUAUUUUACCAUUACCACAAAAUGCCCCAAUUCAGCAGCCAAAAGAAACAAAGCAAGAAAAUAAGACCGAGCUUAAGAUUGAUUCAUCUGCAUCAUAUAAUGUUGUCAGAGAAGAUAGUCCAAAACAGCGUCAACAUCGCCCUCCAGAUUCAGAUUUUAUAAAACCAAAUCCACAACCAGUGUCUUCACCUAUUCAUAGAACAAGCAUUCAAUCUAGAGGAAACUCCAGAGGUAAUUCGCCAAAUAACUCAGAAAAUACUUCGCCAACUCAUGUAACGUUUCCGAGUCGAGUUAAUGCAAGAAAAACUAGUAUGUUUACACAUCCAAAGUUUUCUAAUCUCAAGAGUAAACCAGAAUUUACAGAAAACAGUCCAAUUAAGGUAGAACAAAGAAAUUACGCUGCAUCGUUUACAAGAAGAGAUGUAGGAAAUUCAAUAUUUAAAUAUCGUGAGCAACCAAAAAUUAGAAAUGAGCCUAUUGAAGAUUCUCCAAUCAAUACUAAAAAUUUCAAAAUAAAUCUUCCUGGACCAAUGAGAUAUGAUACAAGCUCGAAACAGGUUGAGUCAUUAAGUAUAUCUCCCGUUAAGUUUGGUCCUAAAAAGCGCUUAUCAUAUACAAAAACAAAAUCUAGAAAGCCAUUUGCAGAAAGAAGGACAAAAGGACUUAGCCAGAAGUAUGGAUCAUCAUCUUCAUCAUCAGAUAAUGAAGAGGAAUCGCAGAGUCAGCAGUACAACUUACCAAAACAAGAAGAUUUUCAAGAUCAUCAAGAAAUCGAAGAAGAUCGCCAGGAAUAUGAAGAAGAUAUUCGCGAACCAAUUAGAACUAACAGAUUUAUUCCAAAAAGAUUUGCUAAAAAUGAUGAAGAUUUAAAUAAUCUUGGAUUUAGAACUAGAUUUGGCUCUAACAAUAACAAUUUAAGAAACGAACAAGAAAAUGAAGAUUUUGAACAAAACAAUGAACCACAAAAUGAGCAAGAAAAUGAUAAUUCUGAAAAUCGUGAAUCAUUUUUCGAUCCACCAAAGCAAUCCAUACUUAAAAAGCCACAAACAGGAUCAUUCUUCCAAAAUGAGGAUACGAUGGAAACUGUAGAAGCAAAUCAAGAAGAAAAGAUAGAAAAAACUUUACAAAAACCGGAACAAAUCGUCAGCAUUGAACCAGAAGUUAAAAAAAAAGAAGAAAAGCCUCCAGAGCCAUCAACACCUCCACCAGUUACUGAACCAGAGCCAAAAACACCAAGUCCAGAACCAAUUGCAAGAUUUGAUCCAGGUUCUUCUCCACAACCAGAAGAGAAAACCUUUGAUACUCCUGCUCCUUCACGCCAGAUCGUAGAAAGAAUCUUCAAAACUCCAGCUCCUCCUCGAAUAUUUGAAAGCCCUGCGAAACCAAAGCCACAUUACAAAUCUAGAUAUUCAAAGAGGACAGCUCUUGAAGACGAAAUUGCAACAAGAUCAAGUAGUGGAAGUGGUUCAGAAUCAUCUGGAUUACAUACACCAGAAAGAUAUCAACGUCCUGUUUCAACAAUGUUGAAGAACUCUCCUUUCUCAGAGAAAUUAAUGCAGAAAUUGGCUGAAAUCGGAUCAAACAAAGUUCCUUCUUCAGAAAAGCAAAACGAAGAAACAAAAGAAAAUCAAGAGAAAGAGGAAGAAAAGUCAUUUGUUGAAAGAGUUCCAAAUCCAGGUGUAAGAAUUGUCACAGCAACACCAAAGAGACAAUUGACAAGAUGGUCAACAAGAGCUGGUUUCACACCUCGUCUUAAUCAAAGAAACACAGUUGAUAUUGAUGAAAAUGGAACCCUUGUUGUCAAAAGAUUUCCCUACAGUCCAUCGAAUGUCAACUUUGAUUUCAACAUUGCUGCAAAUAAUGACAAUAAUAAUAACAAUAAUAAUAACAAUAAUAAUAACAAUAAUAAUAACAAUAAUAAUGAUGAUAUUGAUGAUAAUAAUGGUAUUCCAUCUGCUCCAGAAAGUCCAAUGGCUGAAAAAGAAAGCACAAGAAUGCAACACGAAGAAUCAGAUUUAACUGUUGAAAUUGCAAGUCCAAGAGAUCAAAAUCCAAUUCCUGAUGCGGAUAUCAAUGAUUUCAUGGAUAAUGCAGACAUUCCUGAUCUUUCUGAUUCAGAACCACAAUCUCCUGCACCUUCAGCAAGAGAAUCAAACAUUACUAGAGAGACAUCAACAACUGUUGAAAACACUUCUUCUACUUCAUCAACAACAAGGAGAAGAAGAAACACAUCUUCAUCUUCAACUACAACUACAACAACGAAUACUACAAAUGUUGAAGAAAAUAAUAAUGAAGUAACAGUAAAUAAUAAUGGAGAAGUUCCAUUCGGUGAGCAUCAUGUUGAACCUUCUCCUGUUGUUAGAAGGCCAAGAAUAAGAAGACCUCAACUCAAGGAAAGUUACUUCAUUUCAAGACGUCCUGAUGUUGGAACAGCUGGAAAUGGAUACACGCUUUAUAUGGGAACUAAAUGCCCAAGGACAGGUGUUACAGAGAUUAUCUAUAUUAACUCUGGAAGUAGAUAUGAAUUCGUUUCAAGAACAGCUCAUUUAUUAAUGUACAUUCAACAAGGAACUGGAAAAAUCACAUGUAAUGAACAGAGUUGGCUUGUUGCACAAGGUGGACACGGUUUCUUAGGCAAAGGUGCUUAUUGCGAAUUAGAAAAUAAUGGCGAAGACGACUUAGUUGUCUUUGUAGAUCCACAAUAA